AUGGGGACCAUGGUUCUGCAGGAGCGAGCGCGGUGGCUCAACCUCGCCAGCCUGUCAGACAGGGAGAAGGACGAUGUCCUGGACAUGCCCAUUGUCCCGGAGGGUUUCGCAGUUCAAAAUACCGAAACAUCCGAAGCCUCAGCCCGCCCCGCCGCCCGUGCCCGGGCGGCCCGGCUGAUUCAAGAAGCCCUCGGCCCCAGCUACAGCUCCGCCGGCACAGCCCGCGCAAGCUACCAGCCACCAGGCCAGGAAGAAGAAGAGAGCGGCCUGACCGCCCCUCUCGUCACCGGUGAUGCAGCUGGAAGUUCCCCGUUCUCCAGCUCCACCUGUUUGGCUUCCGAGCGUGCACUCCGGGGCCCCCCACGCCCCCAUCUCCCAGCUGCCACGGAUCGUGCCAGAGCAGACCGGGAGAGACGGACAUCUGACGGCAGAGGGUUCAGCGGCCGAGUGCCGAGGGCGCAGCGAAUAAAAGCCAAAACUAUAAAAAUAAACAGCGCGGUGGCGGCACCUGCUGUCCCAGUGAGGUCCCCGUCACUGCGUUGUCCUCCCGGGCCAAAGUGCACAGCACCGCCCAGAGGCCAUGUCAGUUUUCCACCACGGGAGGGCGCCACCGCACUGCGGUUGGGACCUCUCAUGGUGGAGGAGCUGCAGCGCGUCUCACCUCUCUGCCGCAGGUGGGAGAGGUGGGCUGCGCUCGCAGCUUCACCCUGGGUGGUGAAGACGAUUUCGAGGGGUUACAGGCUGCAGUUUGCCGCUGUUCCCCCUCGAUUCGCCGGCAUAAUACACUCCCAGGCUCAGGGAGAGUCAGCUCGUGUUUUACAAGAGGAAAUCCUCUCACUGUUAAACAAAGGAGCAAUCUGUGUCGUUCCUCCCGCACAGUGUCAGAGCGGUUUUUACUCCAGGUACUUUCUGGUCCCAACGGGGGGGAGUGGUAUUCGCCCUAUCCUGGAUCCACGUGCUCUGAACAAAUUUCUCAGGAAAUACAAGUUCAGGAUGCUCACACACGCAUCCCUGCUGCGCCUGGUGCGACAGAACGAUUGGUUCACUUCUGUCGAUCUGAAAGACGCGUAUUUCCACAUUCCAAUAUAUCCUCCCCACAGAAAGUAUCUGAGGUUCGCUUUCCAGGGGACGUGCUACGAGUACCGCAUGCUCCCAUUCGGUCUGUCUUUAAGCCCGAGGGUGUUCGUCCGGUGCACGGAAGCGGCGAUAGCCCCGCUGAGACAGCAGGGCAUUCGCUUGGCCACAUAUCUGGACGAUUGGCUGCUUUUGGCACAAUCGAGGCAGGAGGCCAUGGCGCAUACGCGUAUUCUCACACGGCACCUAUUAGACCUGGGUUUUGUGAUAAACGCGGAAAAGAGCAUGCUGUGCCCGACACAGAACAUAAUCUUUCUGGGAUUAUCCCUGGACUCGGUGAUUUUCACGGCGCGCCUCUCGGCGGAGCGAGUGAGAGCUUUCGGAGCAUGUCUCGCGCUUUUCCAUCCAGGCAAAUCUGUUCAAUUCAGAUUGUGUCUUCGAUUACUCGGACUGAUGGCGUCAGCCAUUCUCGUGGUUCGUCUCGGUCGCCUCCACAUGAGGGAAUUCCAGCUCUGGGUGGCCUCAUGCGGGCUGGAUCCCGUGCGUCAUGGCGCACGGAGAGUGUUGGUUACGCCAGGGUGCGUCAGGGCACUGCGCCACUGGCGAGCCCCGUCCUUUCUGACGGACCUGUUGUCCAGGGGCGCGCCGGUAUACGGGGAGUGGACUCUGCACCCGGAGAUUGUGGAACAGAUAUGGGCCCGUUAUGGUCGGGCCGCGGUGGAUCUGUUCGCGUCAAGAGGAAACGCGCAGUGCGCGCUGUUUUACUCUCUGCGCAGCCUGGAUGCUCCCCUCGGCAUAGACGCACUAGCGCACGUCUGGCCGCACGAGCUUCUUUACGCGUUCCCUCCCCUGGCCCUGAUACCCCCCACUCUAUCCAGAGUGAGGGACCACGGCCACGCGCUGAUUCUGAUAGCUCCGCAUUGGCCUGCGAUGCAUUGGCUGGCGGAGAUAUAUCGGUUGCUGUGCGCGCAACCUUGGCAGCUCCCGCUGCGCAGGGACCUGUUAUCGCAGGGGGGGGGGGCGGUUUUCCACCCGCACCCAGAAUGCCUGGCACUGUGGGACCUGAUUGACAAACGAAAAGCCUUCUCCACAGUUAAAGUGUACUUGGCAGCUAUAGCCGCCUGUCACGUGGGGUUUGGGGAACAAACAGCGAGCCAGCACCCGCUGGUUUGCCGUUUUAUGAAGGGAGCGCGCAGGCUUCUCCCCGUGUCCAGACCGCUGGUGCCACCAUGGGAUCUGGCGGUGGUUCUGGAGGGGCUCAAGGGUCCUCCUUUUGAGCCGCUGGGGGGAGCAGGCUUGAAACACCUGUCUCUCAAGACAGUGUUGUUACUGGCUCUGGCUUCGGCUAAACGGGUUAGUGACAUCCAUGCGCUUUCGGUGCAUCCAUCAUGCACUCAGCUUUUCCCGGGGGAUGUGAGGAUGAUUUUGAAGCCCAACCCGGCCUUUGUGCCUAAGGUAGUGGGCUCAUGUUCUCCUAUUGACCUUGUGGCCUUUGCUGCCUCACCUGGAGAGCAGCGGUCACAUGCGUUAUGUCCAGUCCGUGCGGUGCGCACUUACAUGGACAGGACUAAGGGUUUCAGGAGGAGCGAUCAGCUGUUUGUCUCCUGGGCUAAUCCUCAUAAGGGGAAACCUGUCACAAAGCAGUGCCUGUCCCACUGGGUCAUGGAGGCGAUUGCUUUGGCUUAUACGAGUCAGGGUUUGCAGACACCUGCGGGUCUGCGGGCGCACUCGACUCGGGGCUUGGCCGCAUCCUGGGCCUUAUUCAGGGGAGUUUCUGUUCAGAACAUCUGUGCUGCAGCGAGUUGGUUCUCGCCUCUCACUUUUGUCCGUUUUUAUAUGCUGGACGUCUCCGCUCCGUGCGUGGCACGCGCGGUUUUGCUGUCCUGA